CCCAGACCCCGGUGUCAUAGCCGGGAGGUGGAGAAGAGGAAACCAGAGGAGGAAGAGGAUACUCCGUAGCUCGAGCUCUGCUGUCUGGUCUGGUCUCCGGCGACACCGAAUCCGAAGACGACCACCGGCGAUGGGUUCCUGGUGGGAGCGCGUCGUGCUGCCGGUGCGGCGGGUCUGGCUCGGCGUCGCCGCCCGCUUCGGGGUUCGCCAGUCAGGGUUGUGGCGGCUCCGGCAGGAGGUGAGCACGUGCGAGUACGAGGACGUGCGGGUCAUGUGGGAGAUGCUCAGCCGCACCUCGACGGCGCCGCCACCCAGGCGCCACAGCAGGUUCCGGCAGCCGAAGCCGUGGGCCGACAGGCUCCGCCUCUGCAGGGACAUCUAGCCCCGCCCCCGAUCGCUCCAGGUCGCCGCGCGGUCGCCAGGCGGGAGCGUCUUUCGUCUUCUUCAUCGACUGCCGCCUAAUUAGCUCUUUACUUACCGGAAAUUGACUUCUCUAUGGUCUCUUCUGUCUGUAUUUACCACCCGCCGGCGUGUGUUGCUGUGUGCUCUGAGGUGUGUAGUCCAUUCCUCCCCGUGUAUAUCAGUCGCCUCUCAUGUAGACGAUGAUGAUGCCUGGGGUAUGUGAAUGAAACAGAGCCGUCUGCUGUUC